AUGGAGACAUCUAUUCCCGACACGAAUAUGGCCAGGGGAGACUACCGUGAUCUCCUGGACAUUAUCGACAAUCUUCGAUUACAUGGAGUCAGCCGUUAUAUUGAUCUGCCUGAGAUUAUCGUUUGUGGAGACCAGUCGGCAGGCAAGAGCUCUGUUCUCGAAGCCAUCUCUGGCUUGUCUUUCCCCAUCAAAGACGGCCGCUGUACCCGGUUUGCUACGGAGCUAGUUCUUCGUCGAGGUCACAGGACUGAUGCCGAGGUUUCUAUCACACCAGGCAAGAAUCGCUUUGGUGAGGAUAAGGAACGACUCGAAACAUGGCGGCCAAACGAAAGCCUAGCUCACGUGGGGCUGGGCGUCAUAACGAAGGAAGCGGAAUCUGCCAUGGCUAUCCCAGGUGGUACUGGGGAGUUUUACGAAGACACACUCCGUAUCGAGCUCACUGGGCCGGAUCAGCCACAUCUAACCAUGGUCGAUCUCCCUGGACUCUUCAGGGGAGGGAACAAAGAACAGUCUGACACUGACAUCGACAUUGUCCACGACAUGGUGGAGUCGUAUAUGGUGCGACCGCGCAGCAUCAUACUCGCUGUCGUGUCAGCUAAGUACGAGUACGUACUGCAAGAAGUCACCAAGAUGGCCAAGAACGCCGAUCCAAAUGGCUUAAGAACCAUGGGCCUUAUUACAAAACCUGACACCUUGGAUGCCGGCUCCCCAUCUGAGGAUUACUUUGUUCGUCUGGCUAAAAACGUCGAAGAGGAGCUUUGUCUCGGUUGGCAUGUUUUGAAAAAUCGCGACUUCAAGGAGCGUGAUGUUACCUCAGCACAGCGCGACGAGAUAGAAAGAGCCUUUUUCUCUCAGGGAUUGUGGGAUUCUGUUAACUCUUUGCACUGCGGAGUGGCGGCACUGCGGGUCAGAUUGAGCAUAGUCUUGAAAGAUCAAAUCCUUGCUCAACUUCCAAGUCUUGAACAGGACGUGGAAGAGGGUAUUCGUGAUUGCGCUGAAAGGCUCGAUUGUCUUGGCCCAGUGCGAGAAACCCCGCUGCAGCAACAGAGCUACUUACUGCGAGUAAGUGAGGAAUACACGAGCCUGAUGAGAUAUGCAGUCGAUGGCACGUACACUGAUCAAUUUUUCGGUAGUCGGAAUGACAAGGCUACGUUCAACAGAAGGCUACGCGCAGUUAUACGCAGACAGCUUGAUGUUUUUUCGGAGGAAAUGCGGCUGAGUGGUCAUAGCCAGCAGAUCGUUGAUUCCGAGAGUGACGAUGAAAAUGACAUUGGGUGUCGUGAUGUGCCCGAGAUUUCUCGGUCCGACUUUAUCAAGGAGGUUGCUAAUCGUCUCGUUUACGGCAAAGGUCGUGAGCUACCGGGUCUUUUCAACCCCCUCAUCGUUAACGACCUUUUUGUUGAGCAAUGCACCCCCUGGAAGAGGAUCGUGAUGUCCCUUGCUGGAAACAUCCUCGAGGCAGUGGAAACAACGACAGAGCUGAUAGUGGGCCAAACUACGGCAAGUGAAGUAUCCGAAGGGGUUCUCAAAUACAUUCGUAAAGAAAUCAACGAGCUUGAGACGAAGAUGAUCGCGCAGAUUAAUACAUUACUCGAAUUAGCCGCACAGCACCCAAUCACAAAUAACUCACAGCUUACCCAGAAUGUUCAGCGGAUCCAGCAGAAUCGCCACAAGCGUAAUACCAUAGCACGAAUCAAUAGCAUGUUUGGACAGAACCGCUUUGACGGUUCAGACAAGAAAAUCAGCAUCAAUCCCCUGGAGCUGUUGAAGGUGUUUCAAGAGGGCUUUGAGCCAAAUAUGGAGCGGUUUGGGAGUGCGCUGGCAGUUGCAAUGGAGAGGUUCAUCGAUGAUGUGAGCGCUCUGGCAGUAGAGGACUGUCUCAUAAGUAAGCUUCCCGGGCUUUUCAGGUCAGCAAAUGUCAUGAACAUGGGUGAAGAAGACCUACAUCUCCUUGCAGGUGAAACUCCGGAGUCCUCUAUGGAGAGGGAACGCUUGAAAGUGAAACUGGAGAUCCUUGAGAAAGGUCUACAAGACAUCAAGGGCUUUCAUAAGCGAAGGGCAGUUAUUGAUCCUGUACAGCAUCAUGACAUAGUGUGGGAAGUCUCCAAGGAUGACUCAGUCAGCAGAUCUAAGCAGGCCUCAGAUAUUUCUAGCAGCGUAAAGGCAGAUUCCGAUAUAUUCAGCACCGAGGACCUCGCUGAAGUUAGGGAGCAGACAGCUCGCUUCAGGUAUUUGUACAGUAGCUCUGGUAUAGAUAUGUAA